AGCUUCUUCCUUCCACAGCGAUGCCCAACUUCUCCGGCACUUGGAAGAUGAAGAAGAGCGAGAAUUUCGACGAGCUCCUCAAAGUCUUGGGGGUCAAUGCCAUGCUCAGAAAAGUAGCCGUAGCUGCUGCCUCGAAACCACAUGUGGAGAUCCGCCAGGAGGGGGACCAGUUCUACAUUAAGACUUCCACCACCGUCCGCACCACCGAGAUCAACUUCAAAGUGGGCGAGAGCUUCGAGGAAGAAACCGUGGACGGGAGGAAGUGUCGGAGUUUACCCACUUGGGAGACUGAAAACAAGAUCUAUUGCAAACAAACUCUUCUGGAGGGAGAAGGCCCCAAAACACACUGGACGAGAGAACUGGCUGGAGAAGAGCUGAUUUUGACUUUUGGUGCGGAUGAUGUCGUAUGCACAAGAAUUUACGUAAGAGAAUGAAAAGUACCAGCCACCAUCGAGCGGGUGGGGGAUGAAGAGAUGGAUUAACAAGCAGAUGUUGUGAGAGAGAAAUCCUGUGCCGUAAACAUCCCUGUGUGUGGCCUACAGAGCAGCCUCCUACGUGACCGUACAUGUCAUCUUGAAUCCCAGGCGACCAGCCCAUGCUUUGGGCUUUUCACUUUGAUUACAAGCCCUAGUCUCAUUAGAAUUGUGUCUCUGUG